AUUCUUUCGGAAAUCUCGCAAAAAGAAGAAGCAGUCAAUGGCAUUACAAAGACAGUGUUUCAAAAGUACUUAUUUCCGCACUAUCCCGAGCUCGCUAACAGAUUAUUUGCUCAUUUGCAUGCUUCUUCGAAAGCCACAACAGCUCAUUUGGGUCAAUCAGCGUUUAAACAACAGGCUGAAAAAUUCUUAGCCAUUAUGAAUGACCAAACAGUUCUUGAAAACUACGUGAAAAUGUUUUCGGACAACAACGAGAAUGAAGUUACUCCAAAUGGCCUAAGAGAAUUACUUAUGUUAUCCUACAGAUUAGCCAUGGCCGGAAAAGGUGGUUGUUACUGUGCACAGUUACUUAAUACGAUAUCUGCUGUUGUUACCGCUUGCUUUCAUGGCAAAGAUACACUGUCAGUAAGUUUUAUCAGUAAUUGGCUGUCGGUAAAUUGUCCACGUAUUGUACAUGGCAUGCACAGAUAUGCCAUACAUGUUUUAACAACUGCUUAUCGCAGUGGUAAAGUAUUAAUGUCCAAUGAGCAAUCUGGACUUCACAUGGUGCCAUCAACGCCUAUUUUGGAUCAGCCAAACCAUGGUGAUCUUUCAGAAGCACUUUUGCCAAUCAGUCAUGUUUGGCUUUUGUCUUCUACUCUACCAAACUGUUACAUUAAGACAGAGGAGGAGAAUACGAAAAACCAGGACGGCAUGCAUGCGCUGAUAACGAAAAUGUCCGGCACAGUGUGUCCUCGUCACUGGACGUUACUUUACAACAGUAAUCAGCACGGCGCUGGUUUUAAUCGUUUUUUGCAUCAUGUACUAGGCUACAAGGGUCCGACGGUACUGUUUAUACGCGGCUUUAGCGACAGCGACGAACGUAGCACCUACCCCACUUACUGUAUAUGCUCGGCUGUGGAAUGGCGGGAAUCCCACCUUUACUGGGGGAAUGAGGACUCUAUGGUCAUUGAGAUGCUACCCAACUACCGGAUCAUUCAGAAAGGCAGUAAACUUUUGUACUUAAAUACCAGUAUACGAGGCUAUCCUCAGGGACUGAGAGCUGGUACUGAUCCACGCAAUCCCUGCAUUAUAAUUGACCAGGCGUUUAACGAAGUCACGUUUGCCGGUGUGCCUUAUCGGAUAUCCAGUAUUGAGGUCUGGGGCUGUGGUGACACCAAAUCCAGAGAAAAACAGUUGGAGAUAAAAAAGUGGCAAGUGAAGGAGGCGGAAAAACAAAGAGUCGUGAAAUUAAGUACUUCAGAGUGGCUGGAUCAUCCAGAUCGAUACCUGUUGGAGUUGGCAGGAAGACCAUCGUACAAUAAUUCGAGUAGUUGAAAUAAAUUUAUAACAUUUGUUGCAAUCCUGUUUGAUUCGCUUGUUACUUGUACAUUAAACUUGACAAAUUAAUGAAUACAUUAGGAAAAAUAACUGUUUCAUGCGCUUUUAGCGUUUGAAUGAGAAAGAAAUUGUGCUAUAACUGGUUAUUUUUAAUAAAAAGUUUAUGUUUACCGCUACAAAUAAAAAAAAAA